AUGCUAAACACCAGCCUGCUAGGGCCCUGGCUCGUACACCUACAAGUCACACAAGUCGGCUUCCUGUUCUGUUUGACUCUCCUUCCCCUCUGUCCUUCACCCCUCACUCCAUAUCACACACCAGUCUUCCUAUGUCUCUUACCCCCCCGUCCCUGUCUGUCCUUCACCCCUCACUCCAUAUCACACACCAGUCUUCCUAUGUCUCUUAACCCCUCCCUCCCUGUCUGUCCCUCACCCCCUCCCUGUCUGUCCCUCACCCCUCACUCCAUAUCACACACCAGUCUUCCUAUGUCUCUUACCCCCUCCCUCCCUGUCUGUCCCUCACCCCCUCCCUGUCUGUCCCUCACCCCUCACUCCAUAUCACACACCAGUCUCCCUAUGUCUCUUAACCCCUCCCUCCUUGUCUGUCCCUCACCCCCUCCCUGUCUGUCCCUCACCCCUCACUCCAUAUCACACACCAGUCUUCCUAUGUCUCUUAACCCCUCCCUCCCUGUCUGUCCCUCACCCCCCUCCCUGUCUGUCCCUCACCCCCUCCCUGUCUGUCCCUCACCCCCCUCCCUGUCUGUCCUUCACCAGUCACUCCAUAUCACACACCAGUCUUCCUAUGUCUCUUACCCCCUCCCUCCCUGUCUCUCCCUCACCCCCUCCCUGUCUGUCCCUCACACCCCCUCCUCAUCUGUCCCUCACCCCUCACUCCAUAUCACACACCAGUCUUCCUAUGUCUCUUACCCCUCCCUGUCUGUCCCUCACACCCCUCCUCAUCUGUCCCUCACCCCUCACUCCAUAUCACACACCAGUCUUCCUAUGUCUCUUACCCCCUCCCUGUCUGUCCCUCACUCCCCCUCCUCAUCUGUCCCUCACUCCCCCUCCAUUUUCCUCACCCUCUUUUUCAUUCAGAUGUUGUGAGGUUUUCCUGUUCUGUUUGUCUCUGCCUGCUACCUGUUCUUUCUCUCUCUUUACUCUGACUAAGAAACGUUAAAGGUGCAAUCUGUAAAAAUGAUUGUCCCACAAACAAAUAGUUAAUUUCAAUCCUACAGUAUCAGUGUUGCAGUACACCUUCAAAUAAAACUACAGAUUGCACCUUUAACAAAAUGAAAGAAAGUAAUUGCUGUAAUCUCGGUAUUCAAUCUCGGUAUUCAAUUCAAAUAUUUUGGCAGCAAAACCAAAUGACAUUUUUCAAAAUUGUUUUGUAUAUUAUGUACUUUGACAAAUGUUGAGGGGGAAAAAAUGGUGAUAUUUGGUGAACUGUUUUUUAACGUGUAUAAAUACUUUUCAUUUGGUGUUUUGUGACUAACAUUCUGAUAGAAACCUUCCAUUACGGUGUGCCUUAAUGAACACAACAUCUAUAUGGGGUGAAUCCUAACGUUCACUUCAUUAAGUUGAAUUGUCACUUAGUCUCCCAUUGACAUCAACGCAUGACUACGUGACAACGUGACUUAAGUGGAAGUUAGGAUUUGCUCCUAUGAUUGGCCAAUCAAAAAGCAUUCCACCUUGCUAGACUAGUUCCAUUCCAUUUCACAGACAUUCCAGUCAGAGAGGUUGAUUGGUUGAGUCUGAUGAUGUUGAUGAUUUUAAUAAGUAUCCCCUUCUGUUGUUCAUUUUUAAUUAAUGAAACCAAAGUUUUUUUUUACAGGAAGCCAUGUAUUUUCAAACAGUCUAUGUAAAUGAUUAAAGAUAGACUUGAACUAA